AUGCUGCUGAAGCGUGAAGUCUCCUACCCACCUCUGUCCCAUGACAACCGAGCCCCCUCUCCUCCUAGACCCCCUCCUGCGCUGUCUGUACCUUUGACCGGACUUGUCGUUCAUCUGACUACGGGUCAACCGGGGCUGUCAUGUGUUCGUUGCAUGGGCCAGCCUCUCGGCCGGACGGAGCGACUCGCUUUUCCAUUUCGCAGACAAGGUUGA